AUGGAAAAGGAUGAUUCUUAUGAGAGUGGGGAUAGUGGUGAGGGGAGUUUAAUUGGAGAAAAGGAUUUGCACACAAGUGAUUUAUCGAAUGGCUGUUUUUAUACUUUUUCUAGUGAAGUAUUUAAAUUAAGUGUUAUAUCAUAUUAUUUUUGGAUUGGCUUUUGUUAUAUAAUAGGAUCUAUAACAUUGAUAAGUGGUUAUCAUAGUUCGUCUUUACGUAUUCAAGAUCAAAUUGUUUGUGCUGGAUCUUCAAAUGUAUAUGUGUUUUGUUCUUUAUGGUUUUUGAUUGGAAUAAUUUGUAUAAUUACUUGUUUUGGCUAUACAAUUACUAUUGAUGAAGAAAAUAAUAAAAUAUAUGAUCAGAAUUCAGCUAUAUUUAUUCAUAUUUUAGGAAUCUUAUGUAAAACCAUACCAACCAUUAUAAGGAUUAUUCAUAUUUUUAAUUUAUUUCAAUUAUAUUUAUUAACUAUAGAUAUUAUGUUUUUGCCUGAAUGUAAUUCUUUUCCUGUGCGUUUCAUUUUGUUUAUCAUACAUAUAUUGUGGUGGUUCAUAGUUUUUUUUGGAAUUAUUUCGAGAAAAAAAAUAUUCUUACCUCCUCACUUAUAUAAGCCUAUAACGAAUGAUGCUGGGUAUGUUGCCUACGUAAAUAAUUUGCUUCAUUCUUUCGGUUUAUGA